AUGGCAGCGCAGUCAGAGGUGGACGACACGGAACCGAGGUGGGGCCUGGGCUCGGAGAGCGAGUCGGGCACAGAGUCCUCGCACUCGGGGUGCGACGGUGGUGCCGGAACAGGGAGUGGGCGGAGGAGUUGCGGCGAGUCAGAGGAGGCGCAGGCCAAGCAUGCGGCGACGGGCACUGUGGGCCAACAGGGCGGCCGCCGGGUGCUGCACUCGUUGGAGGAGACGCCUGCGCCCAGGGAGGCGAUGCUGACGACGGCGCUACCUGCAGUGAACAUGCCCGGCCUGCCUGUGGCGCUGCUCACGUUUGAGCAUGAGGGCGAGGGCGCGAGCGGCGGCGAGGACGACGCGGCGGCGGUGGGUGCAGCGGAGCGUGCCGGGAUGCCGAAGCGGCUGCGGCGGUCGAUGGUUUUUCUGGCGACGCGCAAAACGCCACACGUGGUGAAGCGUGCAAUGAUGAGGGCAGGGGUGCAGGUUGUGAAGCGGACGUCGCGGGCGUGGCUGGGAACGUGGGGCCCACGGCGGAAGGACGGCAUCCACCGCAAAGUCUCGCAGUUUACGCGGAUCAACCACUUGCCGGGCUCGUCUGCGAUCGGACGGAAGGACCGCCUGUACCUCACGCUGCGGCGGAUGGCGUCUGCGCAUCCUGGCGGCGAUUAUGCGUUCUUUCCGCUGACCUACCUGUUGCCGCAGGGCGAGGCGUCCCUGCGGCGCAAGAUGCGGACGCUCAAGGGUGGGACGCCGUGGAUUGUCAAGCCGCGAGCAUCGGCGCGUGGAAAUGGGAUCCAGGUUAUUUCGCGGGCGUCCGAGGUGCCGUCCGGCAAGUCUUGCAUUGUGCAGCGGUACAUCAAGAGCCCGCUGCUGAUCAACGGGACCAAGUUUGACAUCCGGCUGUAUGUGGCGGUCAUGUCUGUCAAUCCGCUGACUGUGUACCUCUUUGACGACGGGCUUGUGCGGUUUGCGACGGUCAAGUACGCGCCAGGGGCGGACUCGUGGUCGAACCGGUUCAUGCACCUAACCAACUACUCUGUCAACAAGCACAACACCGAGUACAAGGCAGCGGGCGCGGAGGCCGGAAGCGAGUCUGGCAGCGAGUCGGACGGCGGGAGCGACGAGAGCCAGGCCCACAAAUGGUCGCUGGCCGCGCUCAAGCAGUACUUUGCGGAGCACGGGAUCGGCGGGGAUGAGGUGUGGGAGCGUGUGGACGAUCUUGUAGUCAAGACCAUCAUUGCGAUGGAGUCCGAGGUCGCAGGAGUGGUACGGGCCGAGACGCGGCAUCGGUCGACAUGCUACGAACUCUUUGGUUUUGACGUCUUUCUGGACUCCAAGCUCAAGCCGUGGCUCAUCGAAGUCAACAUCUCGCCGUCACUCCACACGUCAACGGCGCUGGACCGGCGGAUCAAGGACGCGAUGGUGUGCGAUUUGUUCAAUCUUGCGGGCUUUACGGCGUACGACGUCGGUCAGCACGGGCGUGCGGAGCGGCGGAGCGUGGCCUCGCGGCUUGUGCGGCCGACGUCUGCAGGCAUGGCGGUGGGGCGAGGCAAGGCGGCGCGGGGCAAGGGGCGCCGGCGGGAGCGGCGGAGUGCGGAGCGGGACGAGUGGGGGCUUGGCGCGCUGAGCGCCGCCGACGUUCGGGUCCUCCGCGAGUUUGAGCUCCAGAUCUCACGGCGCGGGCGGUUUCGGCUUCUUUUUCCGCGGCCGUCGACCUUUGAGCGGUAUGUCGGUUACUUUCUAUCGUCGUUCCGGACGAACCAUCUCGUGUGGGCGCUGAUCAAGUCUGGGGCGGGUAGCGUGGAUGAAUUUAUUGGGAUUGGGGCCAAGCCUGGAGCUGGAUCUGGGACUGGGGCUGCUGGGGCCGCUGGAGCAGCAGUGGAAGUGGUUGAAGCUGAUGAGGUCGAUGGUGUUGAGGUCGAGGUCGAUGGGGUUGAGGUCGAGGCCGAUGGGAUUGAGGUCGAGGCCGAUGGUGUUGAGGUCGAGGUCGAUGGUGUUGAGGUCGAGGCCGAUGGGGUUGAGGUCGAGGCCGAUGGGGUUGAGGUCGAGGUCGAUGGGGUUGAGGUCGAGGCCGAUGGGGUUGAGGUCGAGGUCGAUGGUGUUGAGGUCGAGGCCGAUGGCGAGGCCGAAAUCGAGCCCAAAGCCGAGCCCGAAGCCGAGCCUGAAGCCCAACCACAACCACAACCGCAACCGCAACCCGAGCCCGUGGCUGCAGACGGGCGCAAAGUGCACAACGUAAUCGUGGUCGAGCCGGAGGAGUUGGAGCGGAUGGCAAGCGUGCCACUGACAUGGGGCGCGGUGGCGUCCAAACUCGGGCACGCGCCGAAGCGCGAGGUCAGGUACGGGCCGCUGGGCGGCUCAAGCGGGCGUAGUGCAAGCGCUGGCCCGCGCCGAGCGGGACUGGUGAUGCGGAUGCCGCAGAGCGCAGGGCGGGCGGAUCGGCGGCGCGGGCUGGUGAGCGCGCGAUCGACGUCGUCGCUGCCGCGGUACAAAGUCGCGGGCGGCGACGGCGGCGACGGUGGUGACGACAAUGGGAUCGACGGCCUGCGGAUCACCGGCGCACGGGUGCGGCGGCGGGUUGGGCCGUAG